CAGGAAACAUUUUCCUUUUCAUUCAAAACAUCAGCGACCAACAUUGCAGAGGAAGCAGCUCUACUAACAAAAAUACUGUGGAGGUUUCAAUUUUUUCAGUUUUUAGCUUUUUACAGAAAAAUCCACAAUGAACCAACAAAUUGCUUGGAUAACUCUCAUCCUGCAUGGUUUUUGCCUCGGCUCCUGCUUGCAGGUCCCUUUACGAAAGUACUACUAUGUUAACCAGUUUAUGACCUGGCCUAAAGCUCAGCAGUUCUGCAGGGAGCAUUACACGGACCUGGCCACGUUUGAGAGCAUGGACGACAUAAACAGGCUGAAACCUAAUAUUUCCUAUUCCUGGGCAUGGAUCGGACUCUGGGACGAUCCGAAUGCCUGGAAAACUGCAAUGGGCAACGAGCCCAACUCCUGGAGAUGGUCUGCAACCGGAGAAACCAGUAAAACUGGUUACCAGUCGUGGGGCACUGGUGAACCAAACUUCAAAAAUCCAGGGGAGACGUGCACGUUUAUGGCCAAUGACGGGUACUGGUAUGAUAGUAACUGUGAGAGUGGAGUCAAAUUUAUUUGUUACAACGUUACAGAGAACAAUGUGAAACAAUAUGUGUUGAUCUCAACUUUGGCAACAUGGAGUUCUGCUCAAAGCUACUGCAGAUCGCAUCACACCGACUUGGCAAUGAUUGAGAACAAGGCAGAAAACUCUGAAGUCAAACAGUUAAUUCCAACUGGAUUCUUUGUUUGGAUCGGACUGUACCGAGUGCCGUGGAGUUGGUCUGACAAGAGUCCCAGCCUCUUCCGCCGAUGGGGCCCUUCAGAACCAGACAACGGGGGUAUUCAGCACUGUGUCUGCAAGAAUACAGCACAUCUGUUUGGCGAUGAAAGAUGUGAUGAUGUCAAAGUCUUCAUUUGUGAACAAGUGGUAAAAACGAGCACCACUGUGAAAAUGACGAUGACAAGCGACGUGGAUCUGACCGACCCGGCCGUCAACGCCCAGGUCCUCCAGCAGCUUGGUGCCUUGCUGACAAACCAGGGAUGGACUGAUUUCAAAGUGCAAUGGAAGAUUGUCUCCAAGAAAAACAAAGAAAACUGAAUGCUGCAAAUUAAUUACAUCUGCUGAUUUACAGACCUUGUGUUUUUACCUUUUGCUCAAAUCAGAUUGCAAAUUAUUGUAAUAGAAAGUAAUGGUAUCUUGGGCUUUAACUGGGACCUAUUACAAAAAAUUCACUUUCUGUACGUCUUUAUACUCACAUUUGGGUUUCAGCUGCUUGUAAAAACAGAUGAAAUACUUCAAAAAACUGUUUUGGGGAUCAAUAUAGUAUUUUUAAACUGAAUUGAAUUUGGAAAAAGAAAAAGUACCCAGCUGUUUUUAGGCAGUAAGUUAAAGUUUUUUGGUGUCUGAAAAAUGAGUUUCAAAACCUUCCAGAUUCACAGUCAGGUACUGUGUCGUUACCUAGCAACCCCAGCCCGUCACCUAGCAACCCAAGCAGAGUUCCGCCAUGUUUGGGCAGCUGGUUUUACCGCUGAGUACAUUGUUCAGCGGAAAAGACCAGCGUUUUAUUGUUGACUUACCAUCCAGAAAUAUUAAGUUAUAAUGAUUUUAUGCAGAUAAAAUGUAACAAACCUGUUUUUAUGUCUGUUCAAGGCAGCAGAAGAGGUCACCUUUAAAACAAGAUACCUGGAAAAAACAGCUUAGCACUUUAGCAUCAUAUAAAGCUUCCAGUUUAAAGUGAAGCCUGAACAGAUACACUAAAACUGUAUAGUUGAAUUUCCUCUAUCCACUUGUAGAAGUAGGUACUAGAACGGUUUAAGCAUCCCUCAUUUGAUUAAUAGUCUUGAUUUUAAUGGAGUUUAACUGUAAUCUCAGGCUGUUUUGCUUCUGUUUAAAUGUAGUUGUACCAACUGUGACGAGUUUCUAGACCAGCUCACAUUUCCUCAGCAAGAAAAUGAAGUUUAAUAGCUUAGUGUUUUUGUGUAAUUGCAAAAUGUGCAAACUGUAAACGAAACAAUGCAUGUAUUUUAUUUUCUUUCUAUCUAAUCUUAAUCUGGUUUCGCAAACAAAUCCAGGAUUAUUUACUGGUCUGUAUUUGAUUGUGUAGCGUAAGAUAAUGUAAGACCACCUUAUAAUAUCAAUACGUUCUGCAUUCUGGUUUAGGUCUAAAAGAGUUUUUAAUGAAACUGUUAAAUUAAAGAAAGAAAAUAAAUUGGCAGAUUGAUUUUAUUUUGAAGUUACAGAUUGAGGCAGACUAAAUACAAAAUACACCAGACAUGUUUUGGGGCUUAAUUUAAAAAAAAGAAAAAAAAAACUUUAUUUACGUUAAAUUGUUUUGAAUCAGAGAAACCAAAUAUACUAUCUUGCUAAGACAAAGAUAUGACCCACGAACUUGUGCCUCAAAGACAAACUUUGCAUAUGAAAAUCAAAAGAAGAGCCGUGAAUUUUGAAAAAGGCGACUUCCUUUCAAUCCAAAUAAGAUGACGUCUAAACUUUCAAACACCAAGCAGCUGCACGUGACCUCUGUAGUACUGCCUUUAUGAAUAAGAAAAGGUAGACGAGGUGGAUAAAAAUAUAUAUGCAUAUAUAUUUAACUUAUAAUAUAACAAUAAGAUUCACAGAAUUAAUAAAUGAAAUUCAGAUUUACAAUAUUUGCAGCUGAACUCU